AUGCUGAGAGUUGCAGGGAGGAGACUCUCGUCUAUAGGACCGAGGGCAAUCCUGGUGUUCCCCACUCGCCAUCUCUUUAUAGACAACCCCGACUCUGGUACAUCCUCCGAUGGCUCUUCCAGCCAUUCUGGAUUUCUGUACCUCAUCAGAGGUCACUCCCUGUUUAUUCUAGGGCUGUGCAGAAAAAUUGCAGGCCGACCCGGCGAGCCCGGAGGCGACCCGGCCCAGGCAGGCAGGCCGACCCGUAAAUACGGGUUAACACGAAUUCGGGAGACGGAUGCAGAGAAAAUCAUGGCUAGGGGAUGGAAAACACUGGACCCGAUUUUCUUCUUCAUGAACCCUAGGCCUAUCUAUGAGGCCUCUGGGACUCUCAAGCGGCUCGACGAUCUUGGGUUUGGCAAUUUCAGCAGCAAGCUCACCACAUUUGGGACUCAUGAAUGCGAACACCGAAGUUUCAGCACAAGAAAAACUGAUAACGGCCCUCAUCCCAAAGCAGCCGCGAAGAACCCUACUCAAAAAAUCGUAUACGAUGAACACAACCACGAACGCUACCCGCCUGGUGAGCCCAGCAAGCGUGCAUUUGCCUAUUUGGUAUUGACAGGCGGAAGGUUCGUGUACGCCUCCCUGAUCCGGAUGCUAAUCAUCAAGUUUAUUCUGUGCAUGUCCGCCAGCAAAGAUGUCCUCGCCCUGGCCUCCCUCGAGGUUGAUUUAUCCGGCAUCGAGCCCGGGACCACUGUUUCCGUGAAGUGGCGCGGGAAGCCAGUUUUCGUGAAGCAUAGAACUGAAGAGGACAUCAAGUUGGCUAAUGCUGUAGAUGUUCGGUCUCUUCGUCACCCACAAGAUGACUGGGAGAGGGUUAAGAAACCAGAGUGGCUUGUUGUUGUUGGGGUCUGUACUCAUCUGGGUUGCAUUCCCCUGCCGAAUGCUGGUGAUUUUGGUGGUUGGUUUUGCCCCUGCCAUGGCUCACACUAUGAUACUUCUGGGAGGAUUCGCAAGGGGCCAGCGCCAUACAAUUUGGAGGUACCCAGUUACACUUUCUUGAGCGAUGACAAGUUACUUGUUGGUGAGACCUUAUGAGGAGGGGUGCUUUUUUGGGAUCCCUUUUCCUAGUGUAGAAUGGCUAUUGGCUACUGCAAGGUCUCAUGAUGAUAAUCCGGUCUCCUCUACUCCGUAAAAGUGAUAUAAUUUUUUUUUUUUUUUUUCGUUCAGUUAUAUGGUUUUAUAUAUCGAUGUUUGUAGCUGUUUUAUACUUAUGUUGUUCUAAUUUCUAUUGAAUAAUCAAAACGUUUGAGUACUGUUGUU